CGUCGCCGGUCGCCGGUCCCCCGCGCUCCCGCAAGCCGGCCUCCGCCGCAGCUGUGCUGCGCUCGAGCCAUGCAGCGCCUGGCCAUGGACCUGCGGGUGCUGUCCCGGGAGCUGGCGCUCUACUUGGAGCACCAGGUCCGCGUCGGCUUCUUCGGCUCGGGCGUGGGCUUGUCGCUGAUCCUGGGCUUCAGCGUCGCCUAUGCCUGCUACUACCUGAGCAGCAUUGCCAAGAAACCCCAGUUAGUGACUGGAGGGGAAAGUUUCAGCCGCUUCCUCCAGGACCACUGUCCGGUGGUAACAGAAACCUACUACCCGACGGUAUGGUGCUGGGAGAGCCGAGGACAGACACUGCUGAGACCCUUCAUCACCGCCAAGCCCCUGGUGCAGUACAGGAACGAACUCAUUAGAACAGCAGAUGGAGGACAGAUCUCACUGGACUGGUUUGAUAACAAUAACAGUGCAUGUUAUGUGGAUGCCAGCACCAGGCCUACUGUCUUGCUCUUGCCUGGCCUCACUGGAACAAGCAAGGAGUCCUACAUCCUUCAUAUGAUCCAUCUCAGUGAAGACUUAGGAUACAGGUGUGUGGUUUUUAAUAACAGAGGAGUGGCAGGAGAGAGUCUCUUGACGCCACGGACUUAUUGCUGUGCGAACACUGAAGACUUAGAGGCCGUUAUUCAGCACGUCCACAGCCUAUACCCUUUGGCCCCUUUUCUGGCAGCAGGCGUGUCAAUGGGAGGAAUGCUGCUUCUAAAUUACUUGGGCAAAAUUGGGUCCAAAACGCCUCUGAUGGCAGCCGCGACCUUUUCCGUUGGCUGGAAUACUUUCGCCUGCUCCGAGUCGCUGGAGAAGCCACUGAACUGGCUGCUUUUUAAUUACUACUUAACAACAUGCCUCCAGUCUUCAGUUAAGAAGCACCGGCAUAUGUUUGUCAAGCAAAUUGACAUGGACCAGGUCAUGAAGGCUAAGUCCAUCAGAGAGUUUGAUAAACGAUUCACCUCAGUCAUGUUUGGAUACCGAACAAUCGAUGACUAUUACACCGAUGCCAGUCCAAACCGCAGACUGAAGUCAGUGGGGAUCCCAGUGCUGUGCCUGAAUGCUGCGGAUGACGUGUUCUCGCCCAGCCACGCUAUCCCAAUAGAAACUGCUAAGCAAAACCCUAAUGUGGCUUUGGUCCUUACUUCUUAUGGAGGCCAUAUUGGUUUUCUGGAGGGAAUCUGGCCUAGGCAGUGCACUUACAUGGAUCGAGUCUUCAAGCAAUUUGUGCAGGCCAUGGUUGAGCACGGACACGAACUCUCCAACAUGUAGUCACUGGGUGCAUUAAGUCUGAGCCACCACGGUUAAGGCAGUUCAGGUUAGUGCAGGAAUUUCAUGACGCUGAUACACCGGCAGGUGGGUGAAGUGGUCCAGAAUGACAGGCAGAAACUUCUUAGGGAAACAAAACAACUUUGUAGCAAGAAACUAAAGAUAGUUUAGAUUGUUACUAUCGUAGAUCUUAUUUUUACUAUGCCUUACCAAGUAUGACCUUAAAAUUAAGUAGUCCUUAUGGAACAGAAUCGCACUUAACCAAAACUAUUGUGUAAAAAAGAUUUUAAUUCCUCAGGGUUUUAAUUUAGGCUAGUAUUUUUAGAUCACUCCGUUUAGGUGACUUAAUAGCACUUUAAUAACUGUUAAGGAAUUUUGAUGAUUUGAAUGUAAAUUAUUAGAGGGGCAUUCCUGAUGAGAAGAAACUGAAAAGAAUAAAUUACAAUGUGCUAAGUGUUUGUUCUGACUCUAAGAGGCAAAUGCAACAAUGUUAGACUGAAUUCUAUACCUGCUCUUUACUCUGAUGAUAUUAAAUUAGGGCUGAUUUAUGUUUUAUAAUUAUUAUCAUUUACAUCCUUAUUUUUAAAAUAGUAUAUGUACACACAGAUAUCAUUAUAUUAAAAUAAA